AUUCCAUUAUAAUGAUAGCGCCACCUGUUGGCAACAGGGAGAUUGGCACAUAAUAAAUGACUUUGAUAUAUUCCACUUAUAUUUACGAUUUGAAAUGCAUAUUUCUCACCGUUCACCUUUUUACUAAAGCCACACGAUGGCGGUGAGCCCGGGUGCGAGGGCCCGUUCAUCGCUGCUUGCAGCUUUAAUUUAGCUUGUUUUUUUUUCUUCUUCUUUUUUUGAAGCUAGUAGCUUUACAUUAUUGAUUGUGUAGUUUUUCCAAAUUUAUUUUGUGUUAAACAUUCUGAAAUCCGUUCAUAUGGAUUUGGAAUGACGUGAGACUGUGAAAACAUUUUAUUAUUCCUAAAGAUAUAUGCUACAUGUUUAGAAGCAAUGCACACACACACAAGAGAAAAAGUCUCUGAUGUUCCCUCUUUUCCUCUCUCUUUCUUCUCUUCCCACUUCUCCACUCACUCACUUGUAUAAAUAGCUGUGAUAGUCAGCAGUGAGGCCUUUGACUCUAUCAGCACUUCGGGUUGCUGAGGUUUAUCUUUGCUCUUAUAUAUCAAGCCUUUAUUCCUCAACACCUACAGUAGCCACCGGGUCACCGCACCAGAAAUGAAUCUUUUAACACAUUUUUCACAAAAUUUUCCCAUCCACUGUUGUUCGUAAAGGGCUAGUUCACCCCAAAAUUCAAAUACUGUCAUUUCCUCACCCUGAUGUCUUUCCAAACUGUUAUGAUUUUCUUCUGUAAAACACAGAAGAAGAUAUUUGAAAGAAUGUUGGAACUAAAUAGAUCUGAUUACCACUGACUUCAAUUGUAAAAAAUAAAAAAAAGAACACACACAAAAACACAUUUCUCAAAAUAUCUUCUAUUACGUUCCACAGAAGAAAGAAAGUCAUAACAUUUUGGAAAAACACCAAUAAGCCGCAAUGACACUUAAUUUCAUUCACAAGAUAUGCAAGAAUAAAUGCCAUCUGAACUGACAUGACCAUGCCACUAUAUAUUUGAUCUGAACAUCUACAGUUAUUGGGUGAACUAUUCCUUUAAGCCAGGUGGAUUGCACACCAAUUUUCCCAAGAGCACUUAGUCCCAAUGACACUGACUGCCCUUUUGUGUUAACAAGCCCACAAGCUGAGAAGAAGAGUUUGUGAGGCACCACACAUGGCAUCCGAACGCCGAAAUUUCAGUGUGAAAAAUGAUUGACAGCCAGAAAGAGAGAGAUUUUGUGCCAUGUUUGAAAGGGUGUUAGAGACUGUAAAUGUUAUUGCGAUCAGAGUCCCGUGAGAAUGGCAGGCGGGCUGUUUAUCAUUGACUUAAAGGAAGGCUCGGGGAGACAGCCAGCACAAACUGGGGCAGAUGGGUUUUAUUAAUGCAAACACAGUAGCAGACUACUGGGCACAAGGACACCGCCAUAAAUUGAUGGUCCUUUUGCCGCUGUGUGCCAAAUCUUUAUACACAACAGGGAUACGGUAGAUUAUAUAUGUUAAUUAAAUGCAAUUUAUUAUUUCAAAUGAACUAAUAAUAAAUAGAAUGUAGAAAUAUACACAUGGAGAAACAUACAGAAGGUCUGGCCACAUGUUGCUAUAGAGCAUCGAGCCAGCUGUACCUGUGCAGAGAAGGAGGUGCUGUUUGCACACACAUCAGAUGUAAUUCUUAUUUAACAUGACUGGUUUGAUAUUUGUGGCAUGCUAAUAGGGGUCAGGGCCCCAUGCAUUAUAUUGAGAGGAAUGAAUGAUAUAGAGCCCUCAGGCGUGAUGGGGAACGACAAACAGCACACCGUCUGUCCUUCAAUAAAACAUGCUGAUGUGUGAAAGGUAUGCGACAAAAACAGAUGCUGUACAUUCAGUUGUUCUUUCAUGCCUGCAAGCGACUCGACUCCCAGUAAUUGGAGGAAGCAGAUUUCAGCACACUUGGAAUCAACAGGGGCAUCUGCGGGCCAAAAUUAAUGGCUGAACGAGCAUGUUACCUGAGAACAUCAUUGGGUCCAGAACACAACCUUCAGCUGGGUGCUUUAGUCACACCUCCAGAAGACGAAGAGUUUUUAAGUAUUUGGCAUGUACUAGAAGAAAUUGUAUACAUUACUGGUGUGUGUGAUGUGAAUAUGGAUCGCAUAUGGCUUUUAACUAGGUAUGUUAAAAUGCAUGCAUUGUGAUGCAUCAGUCUUACAAAGUGCAUCAAUUAUGAAAUAGUAUGGUUCUUCAAUUACGGGCACAUUUGACAAGAAAAAAAUAAUUCAAACUGAUUUUCAUCUGUUGAAACAUUUAUUGGAUAUCCCUGAAUAAAUAUCUGAUCACGGCCUUGGUUCAACCUUCAGGAGGAUUUUGGUAUAAUGUGAUGGGAAUGACAUUUUUCCCUCUGUGAAGAAAAAGUUGGAUAACCUUGGUCUCGCUGCCAGGUUAGCUAGCGGUUAUUGAAUUCUUAAUAAAAUAAAAACUAUCUCUCAAGUAAAGUUUUUUUUUUAUAAGAAUUGGUAUACGUUUUAUACAUUCAUUAUAAAGGGGAAGUUAUAAAAUGAAAAGUUCGGACCUUGAUUAUGAUUGGCCUAGCUGUAUUCAAAGCCAUUGUAAAAUACUAUAUAAACACACACCUGUCAACUAAUACAUUAGUAUUACUGUGCCAAGUAUGCUUUGUACUGAUUUCCAUCUGUGUGAUGUUUGGUAAACAUGUAACAUAUAUUAUUUAUCAGUUAAUACAUUUUUGUUCCUCUGUUUUAUUUGAUAAAACCUUACUUUUUAUUUUAAAGAAUCAUAAUUCAGUUGAAUCAGUCAGAGCAAAUUUUACAACCCUAUUUUUAAAUCGAACUUUAAAAAAAAUGUUUUUUUCUUCGAGAAUACAGGCAGAGAGCUGCCCUCUUGCUCUGUGUAAUACAUCAAGCUUUCUGUCUGACCAAGUGAGUUUGCUUAUAACAGGUUUCAAGCUUUGUUCUUGGUUUGAUUAAUAAGGGUUCUCCAGGCUCCAGUAAACACUUGCUCCACAUGACCCCCACACUCUCAUGCACAGCUCGAGGGAUGGGAGUCUGACAGAAGGGCACAUCUGCUGGGUGCAUACAGUAAUUAAGUCCAUUAAACCAGAAUUCAGCCAUGCUAAUGUUGUCUUUUACCACCAACGAGGAAGCUUCAGUCAUCGACUCUUAUAAAGCACCUCACUGGACUCUGAAAAGGUUCUCAGUUUAAAAUGGACAUAGAGUACUUGUUUCCAUGGCAUAGUGGGUGAAGUUCAGAAGAUAGAAUGAUCCUACCUAUGGACGCUAUUGAUGGACACUUUUGAAAACACUGCUUUGUAACUAAGCUCUCUCUGUCUAAAAAAAAAAAAGCCUUACAAAUGAAUAAAAUUACAAACCAGACGCUUCUUAUUUACUGGUAUUAGAGGAUUUGUUAAUUGCAUUUAAGAGGUUACUCUUGAAGCAAAACAUUUGCAGUUGGAAUAUAAAAGGUGUUUUCAUUCUGCAGUAGGCGUCACUAGUAUGUGCCGUUUCAAGGACUUUGAAAAAGUAAAUUAUUUUGCAAAGCAGUUGGUUGAAUUGAUUCAAAUUUUGAAACUCGGGGUCAAUCGCAUUCAGGUCUUUGUGAAUGGUCAAUUAAAUAUAAAAUCCUGUUGUACAUGUUUUAUAAAUGAGGCUCCUGGAGUGGUAAACCAGGGGUCUCCAACCCUGCUCCUGGAUAUCUGUUCCUGUACCAUCCUGCAGACUUACGUUCUGACACUGCUCAAACACACACUUGCCUGUAAUUAUCAAGUACCUUGAUUAGCUGGUUAAGUGUUUGAUUGGGGUUGGAUCUGAAAUCUGUUGGAUAACCAGAAGUUUCUACUUGUUAUUUCAAGCAAACUGACUCUUGGUUUGUUUUAGGUGCACCCAAUGAUCUGUCUGAUAUCAACAUUCACUUUGAGAUGACCAAGGAGAACUAAAAGACACCCUGGCGCCGCCUCAAGGUUUCUAUUUCUCUGUCUCCUGCCUCCGCUCCUCUAUGGGUUCCCGAAGUCAGGGGUUCUUCCACCUCCAAGAUCACCAUCCCCACCAUCAUCACCACCACCACCACCGCAGUUCAGUGGUGCCCACAGCCAUCCCCCGACUGCUGCCCGAGACCAGCAGCCUGUUGGGGGGCAUCGCCCAGAUCACUCCUUCCCUGUUCCUCAGCCGGGGGAAUGUGGCAUCCAAUCGCAGCCUCCUCCUGUCCAAAGGGAUUACCUGUGUGGUGAAUGCCACCAUCGAGCUGCCCAACUUCAACUGGCCACACAUGGAGUAUGUGAAAGUGCCACUGGCCGAUAUGCCUCAUUCUCCAAUCUCACUUUAUUUUGACAGCGUGGCUGAUAAGAUCCACAGCGUGGGCCGGAAACGGGGAGCCGUGCUGGUGCACUGCGCGGCUGGGGUGAGCCGUUCCGCCUCACUCUGUUUGGCCUACCUCAUGAAGUACCACAGGGUUUCCCUGGCCGAGGCUCAUGCUUGGGUCAAAUCCCGCCGACCCAUCAUUCGUCCUAAUGGAGGGUUCUGGCGACAGCUCAUUGAGUACGAGAGAAAACUGUUUGGCAGGAACUCUGUAAAAAUGAUCCAGACACCAUACGGGGUCAUUCCCGACGUGUACGAGAGAGACCGCAGGAACUUGGCACCUUACUGGGGCUUGUGAAGAGGGGUUUGGACUUUGGUUCACCCGCCAAGCGGUUUUCGACUCCACUGUCUUCCGGCCUCUUUCCGUACAUCCACAAGUCCCUCCUGCCAGAGAAUAAAGCCAGAUGGGAGUGCUUAUGUCCAUUUUUAAAAUGGAAAAAGUCACUUUGAGUGCAUAUUUUAUGAGGUCAAAAGUGACAAAAAAAAAAAAAGUGCUGAAAUAAAUUUUUGCGAUGAUAAUGUUGGGUUUAGGAGCACAUUGGGAACCAAGUGUGCUGCUGAGAAUCAGGAAUUCAGUCCUUGGUUAAGACGUAAUAUUGUGAGGAUGUUGUUUCAGUUCGGCGGUCUUCUUUGUUGAGAGGCAACAGUCUGAUUUCGAUUACUGGUAGCAUUUGAAAAUAAUAUAUAUUAAAAAUAUUAUAUUCCAAGGUGUAAUUAAACUUGUGUGUGUAUAAAAAAAAAAAAAAAAGAUUUUUGGAAGGUUUUGUGAAGUGACAAAAUGUUUAACAGAAAGACGUUACAAUAUUAUCAAAGUUUAACAGAUUUAUGUAUGUAAAUUUUAUUGAACUCCAUGAAGGACGGUAUUGGCAUUUGUAAUGUCAGUGCUCCUACAAAACAGGAUGUUUCACAAGAAGUACAAAGAUAGACAUGGCAGUAGUUUUUUUUUUUCUUAAAUUAAUUCUAUUUUGUCUAUUUGGUCCUUUUGCAAUUCUAUCCAGUUUUUAAUUUUUGACUCGAGAUGUUUCUUUCAUAUGUUUUCUGCAGUGAAAAAUUAAUUAUAACCAGAGCACUCCUAGCAAAGCUUUGACUAAUUUGUGUUAACUGAAUUCAUGUAAAAGAGUUCUAAUUUAAUUAGUGUUUAAAUGAAUAAAGGGUGAAAUAUU